UAGAGGAUGAACCGGAUAACCGAUGCGUCUGCGCUGACAGCGAAGCGCUCGUCUGACGCGCGAUUCCAGAUGCACAGCCAGCGACUCCGAAGGGCUUCAUGGAAGCGUCAGCGAUUGGCCAGAGGCGCGCUGGCGAGGAACGCGAUUGGACCCUCCGGCGCGUCAAUCAAGGCUAAACUCCUCCCCUUUCAGCAGGGUCGGGUGCGCGCGAAGCAAGCCCACCCCAAACACGUCCAGCUGCCCAAACAGAAGACGCAGGAGGAGUAGAGGACUCGGACAUGGGGAGAAAUCAGCACUGGCCCGUCUGAUAGAGAUCGGUGUUUUUAUUUAUUAAAAAAAGGAGGAAAAGAACCCGAGAGGCCUUUGGAGAUAGAGAGAGAGAGAGAGAGGGAGAGGGAAAAAAGAAAAACAAUUACGGAGAGAAACACAUCCCUGGCACAAAGCUGGAGAUAAAUCAAUGGACUGAAUGAAGACUGCCUAUAACGCCUAUCGAUGCCUGGCCAAGGAUUUGGAUGCGUACGCCAUGAACCCAGAGAUGACAAUGGACAUUGGCAGCCUCAGCCAUGAGCAGGACUUGAUGAGCAGCCACAGCCCCCAUCACAACCGCAAUCCGGGGGCUUCCUUGCGGAUACACCAGGAUCUGACCGUGGCGCCGUCGCGCUCCGCGAUGGUCUCCAGUAUGGCUUCGAUUCUGGACGGCGGCGGCGGCGCAGGAGGAGAGUACCGUCCCGAGCUCUCGCUGCCGCUCCAUCACGCCAUGAGCAUGCCCUGCGACACCUCCCCAUCCGGGAUGAGCGGCACCUACACCACCCUGACCCCUCUGCAGCCCCUGCCGCCGAUUUCCACCGUGUCCGACAAAUUCCACCAUCCGCACCAUCACCACCAUCACCACCAGCGUUUCUCUGGGAACGUGAGCGGCAGCUUCACCCUCAUGCGGGACGAGAGGACUCUACCAGCCAUGAACAACCUCUACAGCCCCUACCACAAAGACAUGAGCGGGAUGGGGCAGAGUUUGUCCCCUCUGGGCAACGGCUUGGGCUCCAUCCACAACGCACAGCAGACGCUCCACAACUACGGCGCGCACAGCCACGAUAAGAUGCUGAGCUCCAACUUCGACGCGCACACUGCCAUGCUGGCCAGAAGUGACCAGCACCUCUCCAGAGGCCUCGGUGGCCCCGCGGCGGGCAUGAUGCCCCACCUCAACGGGAUGCACGGGCAUCCGGGCCACCCUCAAUCCCACGGGCCCGUGUUGGCUUCCAACCGGGACAGACCGCUCUCCUCCUCCUCCUCCUCCGGAGCGCAGGGCUCCAGCUCGGGGCAGCUGGAAGAGAUCAACACCAAGGAAGUGGCGCAGCGCAUCACGGCCGAGCUCAAGCGCUACAGCAUCCCGCAGGCCAUCUUCGCGCAGCGGGUGCUGUGCCGCUCGCAGGGCACGCUCUCCGACCUGCUGCGGAACCCCAAACCCUGGAGUAAACUCAAGUCCGGCCGUGAAACGUUUCGCCGCAUGUGGAAGUGGUUACAGGAGCCCGAGUUUCAGAGGAUGUCGGCCCUUCGGCUUGCAGAAACCCCCGAAGCGUGCAAAAGAAAAGAGCAAGACCCGAGCAAAGACAGGAGCAAUACACCAAAGAAAUCGCGGCUGGUUUUCACAGACCUGCAGCGGCGAACGCUUCUGGCCAUCUUUAAGGAGAACAAGCGUCCGUCCAAAGAGAUGCAGCUGACCAUCUCGCAGCAGCUGGGUCUGGAACUGAACACUGUCAGCAACUUCUUCAUGAACGCCCGCAGACGCAGCCUGGACAAAUGGCUGGACGAGGGGGGUCUGGGCAACACGUCGUCCACCUCCAGCACUUGUACCAAAGCGUGAUCAGGUGACGGUCAGUUUUUUAAGAGGAGAAAAUCAUUCCGAAGGGCAACGAGAGGAGAGAAGCUGCUUACCGGCUCGAAACACACCGAGCUGUUCAUCCAAAGAGCUAAACGCUGAAGAGAAACCAAAGGGUCUGCAUUCAACAUCUACAUUCAUUUCCAGAAGUGUGUGUGUGUGUGUGUGUGUGAGGAGAGAUACUUUAAACUAUAAGGAUGAAUCUCACAAAAACACAUCCAGGUCGCAUUUAAUGCAAUUUAAUACACUCGUUUUCAAGUACAAAUAAUAUUUACUUGAGAAACAAAACAUAUUAAGCUAUUAAAAUUUCAGAUUUGCUUUAAAAAAAAACAAAAUUGCCAAUGUGGCCAGAAAACAAACUGAAUUCGAAUUGAAAACAAUUAUAUAUAAAUAUACAAAGGUAUUAUAUUUAUAUGCAAUGAUAUUUAUUAUUUUACGCAAAAUAAUAUGUUGUUUUCCUUCUCAAACAAAUAUUUUAAAUAUUUAAAAACAAAAAAUAGCUUUUUUUUGCAGUGUAAUUGCAAACAGGCUUUUUAAACAAGAACAACAAAUAUUAAUGCAUUUUGGAGUGAAACAUGACUUGCAUGUUAUUUUUUGUGAAAUUCACCAAUUGCAUAACCACACAGCUUUAAGAUGGCAUCGGGUCGCAGGUUUUUUCAACUGUGCGUUAGAAAAAACCCCGUCAGAAGCACAAAGCACAACACACGUGAAGGACACGCCGACCGCAGAUCUCUCACACCGUUAUAUUGGCCGGCCGGGUUUGUGAGCACAAUCCUGAAGCACAUUCAAUUUGCAAUAGAACAGGGGCUGGACCACACCGAUUGUUCUUCUAUGGUUAAAAAACAACUCAGGAUGAUAAGACCGAAGAACAAGCAUCUCACGAGCUCAACACACUCAAUGAAUUACAUUGCAAAACACACACACACAUCGCUGUUUGCUGUCAUGACUGUAACCGUAUUAAGCUAAGAAACCAAACACAAGUGAACUGGCAUUGGUGAUCAGGGCCUUUACAAGAGUUUAAGAGGACAAUCUCCACACCAAUGCCAGCCAGUUUAGCUUUCCCAAAGUGUGCAUGACUCCUUCCCUCGUAGUUUCCUAGCUCACUCAUCUCAAAUUCCAUCCCUCGUCCUCAUUUAUUAUUGAACCGACGAACAAACAGAGCCGGUAAGCAGUUCUCUCCCGGGUUACGCUUGGAUCACUCAAAACGGACACUGAAGACUUUUUCUAUUUAUUGACAAAUCGACACCAAAGAAACUUUUUCUGCACCUAACUGUUCUGCAAACGAAUAUGUUCAAAGGAAAAACAAAAAAAAAAAAACAACAACAAAAAAACAAAACCAAAAAAAACAUGACUGUGACAAAGCGGGAACGCCGAGCCGUCGUCUUUGUUGCGCUCGGAUCGGUGGAGACUUUGGAAGCAGAAUGGGAUCGGAAGGGUUUUCGAAUGCGACGGAGCUGUUCCCACGGCAAACGGAGGAUGAUGCGUCUCUCAAAAUGUGUGCCUAUGCAGUUUUUUCAACCAAAAUGGAAAGAACAACGAAAACCUCAUCAGCUACAAUACCAAAGAUUCAGAGUUACUCCCGCCGCAAUUCCCUUCAGUUUCCCGUCCCGCCUGUUCAGGCGCAUUGGCGCGGCACAGAGGGGAUCGCAGCGGCUCUCCUCUCCAAACAUGGGACGUCUAGGGUUCAGCGUUUGGCUCAUUCCAUCCAUUUUGCAGCUAAAACUAAAGGUGUAACUCAGCCUGAUGGGCAUACCAAAGAUAAACGCCUUUAAGCACAUGCAACCUCACUCUUUCCCAUUUUCCCAAGCUGAACGACUCAUUAUGUUAUCGUUUUGCACUCACAUCCCAUCAUAGUCCAAAGAUGGAUCAGUUCCACCAAUCCAGACGUCAUCCAUCCAUCAUUUCCCAACAUAUGCACGCUCGUUUCCAAGCGUUGAAUCCCAAGUCCCUCGUUUGAGAGAGCCGCUGCAGCCGGUUCCAUCACUUGCUAUAUUCCAACUAAAAAGCCAAUAAUCUGCCAAAAACGCUCACUUAAUCUGUAGAGAGGAAACUGCAGACUGUAGGUCGAAUAGCUUUAUCCUUUAGCUUUCUCUCUUUAAAAGCUUCUAGUCCAAAGAUUCUCCAACGCCAGUUGGUUGGAGCUUCAUCUGCUCUUCACGACAGUCAGGUCUUUAGCAACACGGGCCAAAGAGCUUUCCUUUGCUUGUCUUAGUACUUAUAUUUUGCCAAUGCCUCUGUACAAUGUCUUACCCAGGAUUUGCAAUAUGUGAUUUUAUUUAUGUAAUUUAUAUUUGUUAUGAUUGAACUUAAUUUAAAUUAACCAAAACCUCCCCUUUUAUCCUGAUUACUAGCUUGCCAAAGUUUACAUUUACUUCUUUUGCAUGUUGGACACCAUCAGACGUAUUUAUUUAUGACUAGUAUGCAUAGGUUAUUUUUUUGGUUUCUUAAUUAUUUAAUGCUAUUUAAUUAGAUGUAAUUGACUAUUUAAGACUACUAGUGCAUCAAAGAUGCAGUGCUCCUCUUAAUUUAUUAGUUAGCUUUACUUUAAAAAGCAACACAAAGGGUGUAUUUAAUUUUUCUUAGAAAGAUAAUUCUGGAAAUGUGUUAGCGAUCAGGUUUUAGUUGUAAUUUAUGUGUAUGGAAAUUGUUUAGGUUUUGUCUGUCCUUUUUUAUUUUCGAAUGAAAACAAUCUGUCUGAAGGGGCAUUUGCGAUCGAUUUACACUGUUGUGUCGAAGGACGAGCAGCGAAUUUCAGCCGGAUGGUAUACGGAGCCACACGUUAACGGAGAUCAACGCAGAACUCACCAAAGAUAAAUCCCACGGAUGCUGAGAGGCCGUUUGUUCAUUGCUUCACUCGUAGAAGGACGUAGAGGAAUCCCUUAAAAAACUAGAAAAAGCUGCUUCCAAGACUGACUUGUGUGUGUGUAUAAAAGUCUUUCUAUCUCUAUAGUGAGAACCACAGAGGCUACCUCACUGAAUUUUCCAUUUGUAAUUUUAAUCGUGUUGAUGAAACCAAAGAUACCAAAGAUUUCUUUUUCUCGAGUACGGUCUGCGCUUGACGCCAUGCUUUGGAUAUUUUGAUAAUGCCACUCUCUCUGUUUCCUCUUCUUCCUCUUUCAGACACGAGUCCCUCCUCUCCUCUGAAAAAUAAGUGCAAUGGAGCGGAUGGCACUCGUGUCGAGCUGUACAUUUUAGUGCUGUGUGCUUCUGAUCGCCUCUUACCGGUCAGAAUGUAAAAGACCGUGAUGCAAAAACCAACCCACUAACAAACACCCAUCCUGCACAGAAACAUGAACGUUAUCCCAUAUUCUUUAAUCAAACACAAUGAAUAGAAAAGUUUAGAAAUUUGUAGUUUUGACGGUUUGUUCUAGUCAAAGUAACUCUAAUGCCAAAUUUACACCGCAAAGGUGGCACAGAAGCGCCUCUGAAGUGGCAUUCAGGUGACUUUACACAGAUUGUUUAAUGCUGCUUAGAAGUGGCAUAAAUGCAGAAAUUACAACUGGCUUUUGUGCCGCAAAUUUUAAGCAGGCUUAGAGAAGCCUUAACUUCACAUGAUGCAUGCACUGGGCCUAAUACUGCAAGUUUACAAUUAAAAAGUGGCUCAGAAGUGCCUCUGAAAUGUCAUUUAGGUGUUUAUACACAGACUGUUUAAUGCUGCUCAGAGGUAGCAUAAAUGCAUUUACAUGACAAUUGCUACUGUAUACAGGCAUAAGUUAGACUGUCUUUUAUGCAACAUUGCAUCAUUAAACUACAUUUUAAGCAGGCUUAGAGCAGCCUUAACUCAGCUGUCUUUACACUGACUGUUAAAUGCUGCUUAGAGCAGGCAUAAAUGCAUUUACAUUGCAAGUGGAACUGUAUAAAGGUAUAAUUUAACCUGGUUUUUAUGCAGCGUUGCAUCAUUAAACUAAAUUUUAUGCAGGCUUAGAGCAGCCUUAACUCAGCUGUCUUUACACAUCAUGUUUAAUGCUGCUUAGAGCAGGCAUAAAAUCAUUUACACAACAAGUGGAACUGUAUAAAGGUAUAAUUUAACCUGGUUUUUAUUUAGCAUUGCAUCAUUAAACUAAAACUUAUGCAGGCUUAGAGCAGCCUUAACUCAGCUGUCUUUACACUGACUGUUAAAUGCUGCUUAGAGCAGGCAUACGUGCAUUUACACAGCAAGUGGAACUGUAUAAAGGUAUAAUUUAACCUGGUUUUUAUGCAGCAUUGCAUCAUUAAACUAAAUUUUAUGCAGGCUUAAAGCAGCCUUAACUCAGCUGUGUAAAGCCAGCACAUCAAAAGUUGCUGAACAAAGAUGCACUUAGCAUUAAUACUUGUGCAAAAUUUACAUCGCAAAUGUGGCACAGAAGGCCUGUGAAGUGACAUUUAUAGUUGUCUUCACAGACUUAAAUGCAUUUUUGUCACAAGCUGCAUUGCAUUUUGUAGAGAUUUCCAACUGCCUACAAUUAUGGCAUCUUUACACAGCUGAGUUAAGGCGGCUUUAUGCCUGCUCGGAAAUUCAGUGAUGCUGCAUUAAAGCCAGACUUAGACUUAAUAUCAAAUAUAUAGUUGCAAUUGCUGUGUGAAUGCAUUUAUGCCACUUUUAAGCAGUAUUAAACAGUUUGUGUAAAGAGACCUAAAUGCCACUUCAGAAGCACUUCUGUGCCACCUUUACAGUGUAAAUUUGGCAUGAAAGAAAUGCGGUGUAGAAACAAUUUCUUACAGAGAAAUUGCAGUUAGAAAGAAACUAGAAACAAGGAAAUUUUAAAACUGAAAGAUUUAAAUAAUGUUUAAAACAUACCCCAAGAAAAUUAUUUACAGCAUUUUGAAGUGCAAUAAAAUGCCAAUUUGGACAUUGCCACAACUCCACAAUUUUGUUAUAGAUUAUGAUGACAAACAUGAACUUCUAAGCAAAUAAAAUACAUAAAUUAGUCAAAGUUAUUUCAUCACAUGAAGAUAAAACCCGUUUAGCAAACCUCAAGUAAAAAUACACCCAGUAUUUAGUGUUUUCUUUCUCAAAAAUCCAUUCUGGCAAAAAUAAUGUUGGUGUUUCUGUGCACGACGAACUCUAAAACCAAAGACAAAAUCGAAUCAUCUCACAGCAGACCGAAGGGACUGGGUAGGGACGACUUUCAGGAAAACGUGGCUAAAUACACACCACAAACGGCAGAUGGGAUGGUAUUGAUCCGUUCUGCUGCAGGUCGUACAUCAUUCCGUCCUGUUGCAAAACUAACACAUUUACUUGUAAAAACAGCAUCUGUUAACAGGGACGCGAGCGUGUCCCGCAUCGAUCGUAAGGUCAUUAGGUCAAUAUUCUUAGCGGUGAUUCCGUGUUUAUGACGUGGAUGGAAUCUGAUCAUUGCAUCGAUUAAACCAAAACAGAUUCUCGUCGGUUUCCAUCCCAAAGUGAUAUUUGUUUCCACCCCGACAAAGACGUAGAGAGCGCUUUAGUUGCAAAGUAUGAGAUAUUGUUGGAUGAGUGCCUUGCUUGAACCAAAGCGAAGUUUGACCUCUCUGUUUCUUCUUCUGUUAGUACCUCAGCGACAGGAAAAAACCUGCGAGACGCGGUUUUCAUACAGCUUUGCAAUGCAAUCCUGCAGAGAACAAAAGACUAACUAUACCAAAGGCUUUCUAGACUUGACUUUUUCUUUCUUUUGAAUGGUUGCAAAGCUUUAAAUAAGAAAGAAACCCCUGAGGCAUGUCGAGGGCGCAGACCGUGCUUUUCUUACCAAAUUUUUCUCGGAUAUACCUCAUAGAAGAUAGUGUUAGGGUAUUGUUAUUAUAGCGUAUGUAUUAAAUUAUUCACUUACUCUUAUUUUUUAGUAACUGUGACUUAAGACAAACCAAGAAAAAAAAGCUUUAUACAUCUUAAGUUGUGUUUUUUUUUUUUUUUUUGUAAUAGCUGAGGUUCGCUUACCAAAAAAGAAAAAAAAAAAGAAAAAAAAAACACAAUGCUUGUCUUUUUCUCUCUUGUUAUUGUGACAACUUUCACAUAUGUUUUGUGGUGCAACUUUUUUUUUGUUUUCUCCAUGACUUUAUAUUUGUGAAGGGUGGCUCAUAUUUUUAACAAGGAUGUUAUUUUUGGAUCGGGAAUUGGUUUGUUGCUAGAAUGAGCCUUGAGUUUAGUUUUUUUAGUCGUUGUACAGCUUCGCUUUCAUUCACACCAUCCAUUUUCUCCUUCGAUUCUUCGUUGCAUGUGAAAACAGCAUUGCAGCGUCAUUCAAUGCCGCAGCCUUGAUUUAUGCAUGAAUAUCUCUACUGCUUUAGCUAGCGUGUCAUGCAUUGUCGUCAAUAGCUUCAGAGUUUGGAUCCGUCUUGUUUAGUUUUAACUGAGCCUCGUUUUUUGCAUGUCGGCCUGAUUGGAUGUCUAUCGAAACAGCGUGCACUUGAUCAGGGAUGCGUUUCCCAAACUAAGUUAGCAACUUUGUUGGUUGCAAUGCAACUUCCCAUUGCCAACCAACUACGUUGCUAACAGGUUAGCAUCUAUGGUUUUGGGAAACGCACCCCAGUUCGGAUGAAUUGUUCUGAUCGAGUGCACCGUGACUGUUAAUCUUCCAUUCUCACAAACAGAAACCGAUCAUCUAUAUCGAACAGGGACAAAAUACAAUGUUUGUUUGAACACCAAAUUUGACUCCAAAAUUGGAUUUUUUAGCGAAUCGUUAUGCUCUAAAUACAUCUACAACACCAAUCCUAUCCAAAAAUACAACAACUAAACAUGCAAUGUCCUCAAAUACAGUUAAAAUGUACCAGACAAUCUACUUCUUAUGUAAAAAACCCUUUGAGUCACAGGCGUUUCAGGAGUUGUUUAACUGAGUAUUGGCGUCUUGUGUUGUCCAAAGAUCACGUAUGUAACUGGAUGUAUGUAACGAUGGAUGUAACGUUGAACCGCUCGUCGAACACGACCGCGGUGUAUUAUGGACUGUAUUCCAAAGAUCUGCUGUUUUGAUUCGAAUUGGAAUUAUUUUCUUUUCCAUCAUCUUUGUUCAUUUGUUGGUUUGUUGAAUCAUGUAAAAAUUGAUUUUUGUUGUUGGAAAUCAUGAGAGAAAAUUGAUCAAAUUUUAGUUUUGCAUUCACGAUCAACGUCUUUGAAACAUUCAAAGUUCAUGUUCUUCCACAAAAAAAUUUUGACCAUAAAUAAAGAGAACAAGUGAUUUUAUUUCGAAACCAUGUUUCAUCAAUCACAAUAAAACCUGUCUUGUGAUGUACAUUGA